GCGCCUGCCGCUGGAGUUGAAUGGGCGGUCGGAUCGACGUCCCGUGGGCCCAGUCUUCUUGCCUUGCCCCGCUCGUCUAUGCACUUAGCCCGCUGCGUAGCCUCACUCGUAGGGUCAUCACGCAAGGUUUCGCAGUCGAAAGGCGACGCGGGUGUGGGUCACGUGCGCGGCGGGUGCCAGCUCGCACCUCGCCGCGCAUGAGCGCCUCAAGCACCGGCGCGCUCCGAGCUGGGAGAGAUGCGGACGAGGCGACAACCCCCGAAGACUAGGAGGCGCAGCCGACGCGGAAAGCCGAAGGUCGGAGAUCUUGCUGCUCGGAUCGAAAAGGCCAGCGGAUCGAGGGACAGUCCCCGAAGAAGUAGGAGCUGCUGCGACGCGCAGACCGAGAUCCGCUGGUGUUGCUUGUCGAGUGGACUGGGCCACGUGCAUUGCUUCGGCGCUGGUGACUCGACGACAGGCCCGAGGCGCCGAGAAAUCGUGCUGCCGACGCGAACCACGCCAGGCUUGGGCACGGAGCGGCCCCCGAUGCUCUUGAGGAGCACGCUUGUGCGGGAGGUGCUUCAAAAGUCCUCUUCCUGGUGCCGACACGAUUGUUGCUGCUGAACAAGAUGUCGAGGAAAGUGUUGUUAUUCUGCGAUGGAGGUCAGUAGGGAAGGGAUAGCCCGUGGCGCGCCAUUAUCUGGCACUUCCUCCCGCACUCGUUGUGCGCCGAGG